AUGUACACGGCUGAGCUGUUGCUGGCAGAUGCUGCUAGCUUCCAGCACAAUCUCGCGAAGCGGAAUGCAGACGAAGUGCCACAGGCAUGGGACGCUUUUACCCGGUACAUUACUGAAGUCAUGGGAAAGAAGCAGACCCUGAAUGUUUCGAAUUUUUGCAGGAUUGGCUGGAAGGUGGAAGAGGGUCUUCACCAGCCUCGCAUGAGGCCACACUUCAACAUUUCCGAUGCCUUUGCGAUAAGCUGCCGAGCAGACGCACGUUCCCAGCUGCAGGGGCCCGCUCACAGUUUGACGCACGUUGAAGAGUUCAACUUCAGCAAAUGUGCCUUGAAAUUCUCAAACGGUCUCACCAAAGACCGGCUGUUCAUGUACCCUGAGUGCGGUGUGCCUGCCAUGAUGGGGCGACUCAGCAUGUGGCUUGUGGUGCUGGUCAAGCAGUUCAUGGGCACGUGCGUGGCUUCUAUGUCAGUGGCCGAGAGAGCGAGCGGGGCCUUGUGGGGUCUCUUUGCUGGUGAUGCUCUGGCAAUGCCUGUGCACUGGUACUACGGAGGGGCAGAUCAAAUUCGAGAAGAUUUCGGUGGCCAGCUUCUGUCUGGUUUUGAGCGUUCAGUUCACCCUUUCCCGGAUUCCAUCAUGCAGCUGAGCAGCACCGGAGGAGGUGGUAGAGGAAGCAACGAAGGAGAUGUAGUCGGAGGAGCAAUCCUGCACGGCAAAAAGGAAUACUGGCGCCGUGGUGGCCAGUAUCACUAUCAUCAUACCUUGGACGCUGGUGAAAACACGCUGGAAGCAUCGCUUGUGCGGGUUGUGUUGCAGAGCCUGAGGAGCACAGGUAGGUUUUCGGCGAGCGACUUUCGAAAGCGAUACAUUGAGUUCAUGACGACACCUGGCACGCACAAUGACACCUAUGCUUCCACUUGCCACCGCAUGUUCUUCCAGAAAUGGCGAGCAGGUGUUGAUCCCAAGGACUGUCCAGACAACGAUGGUCACAAUGUCGAUACGAUGGAUGGUCUGGUCAUUCCCACCGUAGUCGCUUUGAUCUCACUGGCCCAGGGCGAGGAUGUCGCAACUGCUGCUGCGCUCGCGGUGGAAGCAUUAGCGGUGACACGAUCAUCUGAGGUGCUCCCUGAAUAUGUCAGGACUACGACCUACAUGCUGGAUAAGGUCAUGCGCGGGACGUCCUUGGACCAUGCUUCCAUGCAGACUUCGCUGGAGGUCUACGAGAGCGCUGUCUUUGACAGGAAGCGCCGAGGGACGGAUCCGGUUGUUGCUUGCUACAUUGGUGGCUCAUUCCCGGCAUUCCUGCCGGAAGCCAUGCUCCUGGCGGGCCCCGCGGCUCAGCUGCUGGAUCUGGCCUACGUUUCUUCUUCAGGCUCAGAGGAAGUGCAACGACUUGUGCGGCACAGCUUGCCCGUACCGGAAGAGCUGUCGAACUACUUGCAGUUCCUGGCUUCUGGUGGUGACUUGAGUGAUGCAGCUGCAAACCUGUUCGGUGAGGACGGUGAGGAUGGUGUCAUGCAGUACCUCAAAGAGAAGCAGAAGACUGCGGGGGCAGUGAGGCGGCAGAAGGCCAAAGUAUCGUCGGAGGCAGAUGCAGCUAUGGAGUACCUGAAGGGGCAGCUGACAAAGAACGGGCAAACAGCACGUGCUGCCGUCAAAGCGAGCCCCAGAGCCGGAUCAAGGGAAUUUCUUCGAGGCAUCAAGCUGUCAGACAUGUCUUCAGCUCCAUCCCAAAGCCAAAGGAAGAGUCGACUAGACAAUCCAGCAGGAGAUGCGGCCAACGCCUUGAAGAAGGUUGCGAAGUCGACUGGCAAACCAUCGCCUUUGUCAGAGCGCACCAAGCCGAAGACACCGGAAGAGAAGACUGAAACCGCCAUAGACAAAUCUGCUUGCGAUGCAUUAUCUUCUGGGGGGGACAUCCGGAUGUCGCUCCAGCUCAUGCGCGACAAGACUGGGAUACAGCGAAGUGCUUCAGCGAAGCGGUGCCGUGCUGCCAGGAAGGACGUAGGACCCCUGGUGCGAACAGCCCGCAGUGUGAGGCUUCCGGCCAGAGCGAAUGAGAUGAUUGGUGACACUGCGCCAUCGGACGUUACUGUCAAGCCUUCGGAGACAAGGGCUGUAACAUCCGCUGUGCAGACUGCCCCUCCCAAGAGUCCAGUGGUCUCCCCGGUCCUGACUGUGAGGCACGUACUUCAGGAGACACAUACAAAUGUCUUCAAGCCACAAGGCUGUAAAGCUUUGUCGUCACCACCCAGUCCUUCACAAUGGCUCCGCAGAUCGCCGCAUCUGCAAACCCGCAGUGUUGCCAGGUCUCCAUCGCCUCCAGCUGCUCCAGCAGAAGAGGUCCCAGGAAAAGAGACCGAGGCGACGGUGACCUCAGCCGCUGCGCCAGCCCCAACCGUACAGGAAACCAAGAAAGCGAGCGACUGUGCUUCCGCCAUCGCGACGGAGUCCAGCGCGCUUCGGUCACCACCUGUCCCGUGGCAAUUUGCAGCUGGUGUUCAUGCACAGCCUGCGACGGCCGCUCGCAGUGCGGCUCGUGUGGAAGGGGUUCGAAGCUGCCACGACGGAGACAAAUGGCCGAAGCAGCCCAACGGAUUUGCAGCCGGCUUUGGAACCCCGACCGGACCUGGGCAUGGUCAUUGCGGGACCUGGAUGCCGUGGACACCGGCACGUAGCAUCCUGCUGCCACCAGGAAGUGUGCACCUCCGGCCUCAGCAGCCUCACAUCAAAGUUGCUCGUGUUUGUGCGACACCUCCGGCUCCCAUGACUCCUAUGACUCCCAUAAUGCAAAAUCGCGACAGUCGAGAUGAGGCCGUGCCGCAGAAGGCCGUGGUCGGUCGUCCCAACGUUGCGAUUCCUUGGUUUCCGAAGACGGACCCACCGACAGUUCCACACACCCCGCAGAUCCCAUGCCCACAGCUUCAGCAAGCUUCGAUGUCCAGAGGCAUGUUUGCAGGGAGCCCCACCAGAAGGAGGCAGAUUAAUGUGUAA